AUGCUUAAAUUCCGCACCGAGGGCUACAACGGCUGUGCGGUCAAGUAUUCCCCCUUCUUCGACAACCGUCUAGCUGUUGUUGGGUCGGCCAAUUUUGGUCUCGUCGGAAAUGGUCGAUUGUUUAUUCUCGAACUCACUCCUAAUGGAAUAGUUCCGAUAAAAGGGUUCACCACCCAAGAUUCUCUAUAUGACCUCGCCUGGUCCGAGAUACACGAGACCCAAGUCCUCACCGCUUCUGGUGAUGGUAGCAUCAAGCUCUUCGACUGUAACUUGAACGACUUCCCCAUCCAGAAUUGGAAAGAGCACAACCGCGAGGUCUUCAGCGUCCACUGGAACCUCGUCUCCAAGGACCGCUUCUGCUCGAGCAGCUGGGAUGGCACUGUGCGCGUCUGGUCACCGCAUCGUCCUCAGUCGCUCCUCACUCUGCCCACCCACAGCUGCACAUAUUCCGCGGCAUUCUCCCCGCAUUCUCCGGAUAUUCUCUCCUGCGUCACUUCCGACUCUUACGUCCGCAUUUUUGACCUCCGCACUCCCGCCUCGGCUUCCAACCACCUCACCCUCCAGAUCCCUAUCCAUGCCGCCCCCAUUUCCCCGAUUCCCGGAAAACCAGGCGUGCCCCCAGCUGCAUGCCCGCCCUCUGAAGCUCUCACACAUGACUGGAAUAAGUACCGUCCUUCUGUGCUAGCCACCGCCGGCGUCGAUCGCACCAUUCGCACCUUCGACAUCCGCGCCCCGCAGCAGGGUCCUGUGGCAGCCAUGAUCGGCCACGAAUACGCUGUUCGCAAGGUAGCUUGGUCACCACAUUUAUCCAACGUCCUUCUCAGUGCCAGCUAUGACAUGACUUGUCGCGCUUGGACUGAUGGUUCCGAUGCGGGCGGUUUCGGAGACGUCGAUCUCAUGCGCGCCGGUCCCGGGGGCCCGGUGAUGGGCAGAGAACUGGGACGUAUGGGCCAGCAUACGGAAUUCGCCACGGGUGUCGAUUGGUGUCUAUUCGGUAGUGAGGGCUGGUGUGCCAGUGUGGGGUGGGAUGAGAGCCUUUAUGUCUGGGAUGUUAGAGCUGUGAUGGGAUAG